CCCACUUCAAACUCGAAUGCUGUCCGAACGGUCGGAUCUCCAGUGGCCGCUAAAUACCAUCCGUCCGAUCUUCGAAACCUGCUCGACAUAUAACUCUGCCCAAAACGGAAGCUUCGUUAGAAAAAUCAGAAAAAGAAAGGAAAAACGUGAUGCAGAGCAUCCGCCCGCAGACCUGGCUUUCCAUAGAAAGAGAGGAUUCUGGUUGCGACUGUCCAUUUGAAGGGGCUUGUGUCUUGCAGAAGAAAAGGAGUUAAAGAUCGAGCGUUUUGGUUGCUUCCGUAGAAGAAGAAGGCUUAAAGGUCGAGCAUUUUCUUCGCUGCUUAGUAAAGAGAAAACAGCGCUUGUGAGGCGAAGCUCAAAAGAUAAAGGAGGAGGAAAGUCUAACCUUCGACCAGGGUUUUUGCCUUCGAGCUCUUGUAAUCCCCACAUCACACCAAUGGUCCAAGAAUCCGAAGAGAUCGUGGACACCCAGUCGGCAGAAGGCUGCUUGUUGCGUGCCCAAGAGCUCAUCCCGGCAGCCCUUGAUAAGGCCAGGUCUGUAAAGGUAUUCACUGGCCGAUGGAAGAUCAUAAUUUCCAAAUUGGAACAGAUCCCAGCAUGCUUAUCUGAUCUGUCUAGCCACCCUUGCUUCUCGAAGAAUGCUCUCUGUAAGGAGCAGCUGCAGGCUGUGUCAAAGACACUGGUUGAGGUGAUUGAAUUAGCGGAGCGGUGUGUGGAGGAAAGGUAUGGUGGGAAGCUUCAGAUGCAGAGCAACUUGGAUGCUCUGUCGGCGAAGCUUGAUUUGAACUUGAGGGAUUGUGGGCUUCUUGUGAAGACGGGGGUGCUUGGAGAGGCCACUUUGCCUUUGGCAGUCAUGCGGUCUGGGGAAAUGGAGGCCUCCCGUUGGAAUAUACGGGAAUUGCUUGCUCGGCUUCAGAUCGGGCACAUUGAGGCAAAGCACCGGGCUCUGGAUAGUCUCAUGGAUGUGAUGAAGGAGGAUGAGAAGAAUGUGUUUACUGCGUUGGGUCGGAGCCAUGUGUCAGCUCUUGUGCAAUUACUCUCUGCGACUUCUCUGAGGAUUCGGGAGAAGACGGCUUCAGUAAUUUGCUUGCUUGCGGAGUCAGGGACUUGUGAGAAUUUGCUUGUUUCGGAAGGUAUGCUUCCUCCUCUGAUUAGGCUGGUCGAAUCGGGAAGUGCAGUGGGUAAAGAGAAGGCGACGAUUUCGCUCCAGAGGUUGUCUAUGGUGACCGAGACGGCCCGUUCUAUUGUUGGACACGGUGGAGUCCGCCCACUGAUUGAGUUAUGUCGGACGGGAGAAUCUGUUUCUCAGGCAGCAGCUGCAGGUACUCUGAAGAAUUUGUCGGCUGUGCCAGAGGUGAGGCAAACGCUGGUCGAAGAAGGAAUCAUCCGGGUAACAAUCAAUCUCCUGGACUGUGGGAUCUUGUUGGGUUCUAAAGAGUAUGCAGCUGAAUGCUUACAGAAUCUGACGGCCAGCAAUGAUAGUCUUAGAAAGGCUGUUGUUUCAGAAGGUGGGAUCCGGAGCCUCCUUGCGUAUCUAGACGGCCCAUUGCCCCAAGAAUCUGCUGUUGGGGCGUUGCGGAAUCUGGUGGGUUCUGUUUCUGUCGAUGGUUUGGUUGCACUCGGCCUUCUUCCCAGUUUGGUUCACGUGCUGAAAGCCGGAUCUUUGGGCGCUCAGCAAGCUGCUGCAUCUGCUAUUUGUAGAAUUUGCAGUUCCAUGGAAAUGAAGAAAAUGGUUGGCGAGAUUGGAUGCAUUCCACUGCUCAUUGGUAUGCUCCAGGCCAAAAUGAAUGGGGCGAGGGAGGUCGCUGCUCAAGCAAUCUGUAGCCUGUUGAGCGUUCCACACAACAGUAGAGAAGUUAAGAAGGAUGAGAAGAGCGUGCCAAGUCUCGUUCAGCUGCUCGACCCAAGUCCUCAGAAUACGGCAAAGAAGUACGCCGUGUCUUGUCUCGCUUCUCUUUCCUCAAGCAAGAAAUGCAAAAAGCUGAUGAUUUCCUAUGGUGCAAUUGGCUACCUCAAGAAACUGGCUGAGAUGGAUCUCCCUGGUGCAAAAAAGCUGCUCGAAAAGCUGGAACGAGGGAAGCUGCGGAGCUUGUUUAGCAGGAAAUAGAUAAUGCCUGCCCCCUCCUUUUGUAAAAUGUUGUGUUUUGUUCUCGUAGAACUUGUUUCAUUGUCUGUAUGAAACGAAGUAGUCGAAGAAAAUUUCGAACUCCACUAAUGAAAGCUUUUCUGUGUGA